GUUUACUCACCCCGAAUACUUUGGGCUCCCCCUUUUCGAUGCUUUCCCGGAGAGCUUUUUGUUUGUUUUGUAGUUUUUCCUCUACCUGAGUUGGGCUAGUGUUCACUGAGAGGUCCGUCGACACGGUCAAAGCCAUCCUUCGCUUUCAAAAUCUUAUAAAAACACCAUCUGGAGCUGUUUUGGACAUCUGGUCAGUCCAGCCCACUUAAGGCAAGUACCCCAAUUGAGUUUUAGGUGGGUUUUCAUGAUGUCGAGCAUCCAAAUGCCGUCUGCUGACUCGGAUCCUCCCAAAUUCCAUCGACUGUUCAAGUUUUAUGACCCUGAAGUGGUGGCACUUAUGACAAUAUUAUUAGGUUUGUUCCAGCUCCUCCUGACUAUACCAGCCUACAGCGUCAGCAUUGAUAUAAAAUAUUUCUUUAUAUGCCCCCUCUGUGUUGGUUUUGUGUCUGUGACUGCUGGAUCAUUUGGUAUGGCAUCUGAAAGAACUCCAAAGAGAGAACUGUUAAAAAACUCUCUGAUCUCUGGUCUUGCUGGCCUGGUGGGGACACUGAUUGGACUUGUUCUUUAUGGUUAUGCUGAAAGUAUCUCUCUGGACCUCCCUCCUUGCUCACAUGAAAUCCUUAAUGAAGAGUCUUGUCCAGAAGCAAUCUUUCAAAGUUUUUACAAAACCAUCUUUGGACAGCUGUUGUUUUAUAAUAUUGGAGCUCUUGUUCUUCAUUGUUUUCUAUCGUUUUCUGCAUUUAAAGGACUGAGAAUACAUUGAGAUUACAUUUUCCAUACACCAGGUGCUUCUCUUUUAGCCACAGAUGAUUAUGAGCAUCUAAUCCUGUAUAUUUUAUGUAGUAUUUUGGCUCAAAAUGAUUAACUGUUUUCUUUUCUUCCUCCCUUCUUCUUAAAAAUGUGAAUUUACAAUAUUGUCAUUUACAAAAAAAAAAAAAAAAAAAAUGGAGACAUGGAUUACACUGUAAACAUUUAACCCACUAUUACUGGAAAUGUAAGUUUAUUCUUUGUCAUUUUUUAAGUUAAAAAAACUAAUAAAAUCACAUAUUAUUGUGUCAAAUGAAAUGGAUAUAAUCAAAUGUGUAAAACACGAUGAUGAAAUCACACCGCUUUACAGUGCUUAUAAUUCCAAACGCUAAAAUAAUGUAUCUUUAGUGCUUUGUCUGUAAAUGUGUGAAACCAAUCUUUCUCAAAUAUUAAACUUUUAUUUAAAAAUAA